CCCCGGGUCGGAGGAGAUCUUGUAAUGGAGUGGUGCUUCGUCUCACACUAGCAAGAUGCCCGAUCUCCUCAGGAUCCAGGGAUUAAAGAAUGUCCCGGGUUCCACUGGGGAAAGUCCUUUUGAGGAAUGUCAUCCGGCACACAGAUGCUCACAAUAAGAUCCAGGAAGAAUCAGAUAUGUGGAAAAUAAGAGAACUGGAGAAACAGAUGGAAGAUGCAUACCGGGGCCCCAAAAGGAAAAUGUUACCCAGUAGUUCAAGCCGAAUGCGUAGUGAUGGUUUUGAUGAAGAAAGCCAGAGAGAUUAUUGGAGGCCAAAAAAUGACAUUUCCAGGACACUGGAGGAUGAUUUUCUUAAGGUUAAAUCCUGGAACAAGAAGUUAUAUGACUAUGAAUCUAACAUGCCAGACAGAUGGGGUCACAGUGGCUAUAAAGAGUUAUACCCUGAAGAAUUUGAAACAGACAGUAGUGAUCAGCAAGAUAUUGCCAAUGGGAAAAAAACAUCUCCCCAGGUAAAAUCAUCUACUCAUGAAUCUCACAGACACAAGAAGUCAAAGAAAUCCCACAAAAAAAAGCAAAAAAAGAAGUCACACAAAAAACAGAAGAAAAGCAAAAAGGAAGCUACGGAUACAAUAGCAGACUCUUCAAGUGAAUUCUCAGAAGAAACUGGGGCUUCUAGUACCAGGAAAAGAAAGCAGUCGCAUAAGCGCAAGAAGAAAUCCAGGAAAAAGUCUCUUAAAAAGUCUGCGUCUGCUCUGUGCUUAGAAGCAGAAAAUGACUCUUCGCAGUCAGAUGAUUCUGCAUCUAGCAGUUCUGAGGAAAGUGAGGAAAGAGACACUAAAAAAACCAAGAGGAAAAAGAGAGAGAAAAAAGUCCACACCCCUGUCAUUAACAGUGAAAUGCAGGAGAGGACAAACAAACGCACAAAUUGGAAGGUGGCUACAGAUGAAAGGUCUGAUGAGAGUUCAGAGGAUGACUGAACAAGCUGAGAAAAGUGCUUAUUCCCCCAGGACUUGGUAUCUACAGCUUGGAGUUUUGCCAAUGACUCUGCUCAGCACAUGGCACCUGAGGUUAGAGGUGUCUGUGCUGUCUGUGUUCUUUCUGACAGACUUCUAUUUUCGCCUGUUAAACUUGAUCUUUUAUUGUUAAUAGGGAAUCUUGUAUUUUGUUAUGAAGGUUUCUUGAAGAGAUUAUUUUUUUGCAACUAAUCACAUUUAGUGCAGAGUGCAUAUACAGCAAAAUUAGAAAGACCCGGAAAGCUGAAUCUUGUUAGUGACCUGGGUACACCAAUUGGAACAUUGGAUUUGGGGAAAGUUCUGGGAUCAAGGAAUGGCCUGAAAUCAGUGCUGUGUAGAAUAGCCUAAGGGAACAUCUCUUUUACCUAUUGAUAGUUAAGUGCCACAACUUGACCUCAGCCUUGGUGCUUUGAUCUUUCUGUAUUUCGGCCCCACACAUGUAGUUCAGGUUUUAAUGAUGAGUGUAAGAACAAAAAUCAACUGCUGUUAGAAAAGACAUGGCUUUUGUUGAAUUUUCCUGCUGGACAGGACUGUGGCUAUAUCAGUAUAGCCCUAAAUAUGGCAGGCUAAUGGAAUAGUAAUUAGUUUUCUAGGCCCAUUGCUAUGUAUUAAGUGGAUUUGGGUUCAAAAUUACUUCCUCAGUUAUCCUCAAAGGGGGAGAAUUAGGAAUUAGUUGAAUGGGUGCUCUGAACCGGAUUCAGGGCAGCAGCUGUAAUUUAAAUGUUUCUUCCCUAUUUCUAAAUUUAUUAAUGAACUUUAGAUUUCCCCUAAAACUUAAGUUGAAAGAAAUCCCAAAUGAAACGGGCUUCUCAGGGACAUACCUACUUCCCAAUCUGCCUUUGUACUAAAGCUUCAAGCAGCAACUAUUAUUAUUCCCCCUUGCUGUGUACUGUGAUCCUUCUGAUGUUGGUUCUUAAGAAUCCAAAUUCUCAUUGAACAAAGACUGCAAAACUCAUCAAAAUUUUCAUUGUGGCAGAAAAUCCAAGUCACAUUCUCCCUUGGUGUCACUUCAUGGACUGAGUGAAAAUUUAAGACUCUGAUUUUUCUGUUUAUGAUGUCUGGAGUAGUUAACCUCCCUCACCUCACUCUCCCCAAGUAUAAUACAGAAACACUUCGAUGUGGCAUGACAGGUGUAAGACAUCAGUAACAGAAUUUUAAAUAUAAAAAUAUUCCAUGAAGUGGCAAUAUUUUACCGUUCUGCUAAAUUUGUUCUUUAUAGAAUACAUGGUUGGUAGAGAUUACUUAUCCUUUGAUUAUGAGCAGGUGCUACCUUUGGGUAUAUUUAUUUGAAAUGUUAAUACUUUGGUACCCAGUUGUCAAUGUUCCAUGGUGUGUCUACUUACCUUUGGGAUUAGCAGAGGCCAAAGGGAACACAAGUUUAUAUAUACUACCUCUUAACCUAAAGCUUUUGUUCUUGGAACAAGUAAAAUCUUUGUUGAAAGGAGCUUUCAACAUGUAUUUUUAAGCAAUGUUCCUUUGCUAAUACCGAUUCUAAGCACAGACUUAGGAAGAUGGGUCGUUAGAACAAGGAAUGUUCUAGAAGUGAGUUCUAUUUUGGUCUGAACUUCCCUUUCCUCCCAUAUAAGCAGGCCUAUCUCUUUCCCAGCAAGUAUACACAAUGCUUGUUUUUUCUCCAUGUUUAUCUUUUCUUGGUCAUGUAUAAGCAAUAAAGCUGUUUUCUGUUCUUCAUCUUUCUCAAUCCCCUCUGUCUUAGGUUAAGGUUCUAAUGGUUAUAUCGGGCCCUUCGUGGUUUACACGGCACUUUA